AUCUGAAAUUUACCUUACCUAAAUUUUCUGUGAGUUUCAGAAAUGAGCAAAUGCGACGAGUAGAAAAACCUGAAGCAAAACAAGAAGAGUUCAAGGCUCUACUCUCUGAUGCAGCAAGACCUUUUCUAAUGGCAAGAAUGGAUCGAUUUGUGAAUGAGAUGGAACUUUUUCUUGCUUCUGGGUUGAAUAUUGAAGCCUUUGAUGCAGUUUACAUGCAACGGUUGGGCUGGAACUCUCCCAGAGUAACUAUUGAAUCCCCAGAAAGGGAAUCCAGUGGGCAGACUUCUGUAAUAGUCCCACACUUGCAUAUCUUUGAUGUGGAUUCUGACGGAACUGAUCGAAUGUUUCUCGCUAUUUCCGAAGUUUGUUUUGACUUCAUUUAUGAAUUGACAGGGAUCAUUGAGGCCGUCAGUAGCUUGAGUUGUGAAAAAUACUAUGACCUGUUUGAGGAUCCUAAUUUCAGUUUCCUUUCUCUAAACUGGAUUUACAUUUUUAAGUUUGGGAAAUGCAUCAAGUCAUACUUCUUCAGUUCAAACUAUGGGAGCGUCUGUAUAUCCUCCUUGAAUUUGCCAAAAAGGGGGCUUUAG